AUGAAUGCUUCCACUAUCACAGUCCACUGGCACAACGACAGUCAGCCAAUAUACGCUGUGGAUUUCCAGCCAAGUCCGGAUUCAGUGUCUCCCCGUUUGGUCACAGGUGGCGGAGACAAUAAUAUCCGUGUGUGGAAGGUGCACUCUGAUCAGAACGCGGAGGGUCCUCCAUCAACAUCCAUAGAAUAUCUCUCCACAAUGAGGAAGCAUACACAAGCAGUCAACGUGGUGCGGUUUGACUCAUCUGGUCAGUUCUUGGCAAGUGCAGGAGAUGACGGUACUCUUAUCAUAUGGAGACUAGCGAGAGGAAUCAUCAAGGACUUCGAGAGUGAAGAAGAUGACGACGAUAUAAAAGAAAGCUGGGAGGUCGUGCUCCAGUUGCGUUCGUCAACUAGUGAGAUCAAUGAUAUAGGCUGGUCUCCCAAUUCCAGGUACAUUGUCACCGGCUCCAUGGAUAACACUAUAAGAAUCUACCAACUAGAGCUAGAUAGCCAGACUCAGAAGCUCACCGGAAAACUCGUGGAAUCGUUGAAGAAUCACACCCAUUAUGUCCAAGGUGUAUAUUGGGAUCCUCUCAAUCAGUUCAUUGCCACCCAAUCGGCGGACCGAUCAGUGAUCAUUUACAGCAUCAAAGAAGAGAACAGUGAACUAAAGUUGAAACUUCAUCACCGAUUUAUCAAACAUGAAAAUCAAUUUAUGUAUCAGUCCGAAACAUUGCAAUCUUUCUUUAGGAGAUUAGCCUUUUCUCCUGAUGGUACCUUUUUGAUAACCCCAGCUGGAAUGUGGAAUCAGACAAGAAACACAUCGAAGGGAACAAUUGUGAACGCUUCUUUCGUUUACGCAAGAUCGAGUCUUUCCACUACACCAAUACUCAAGAUAGCAGGGCUCAAUAAGCCGGCUGUAGCAAUAGCAUUCAAUCCAAAGAAAUACAUUCUCAAUUCAUCUGAGCAAGCAAUCACUACGCUUCCUUACAAGAUGAUCUUUGCAAUUGCAACGCAAGAUUCCGUACUCGUGUAUGGUACAGAUAACUUUAAGCCCUUGGGGUUUGUGGGAAAUUUGCACUACUCAUCUAUUACCGAUUUGAAAUGGGAUUUGGAUGGUCGCAGAAUUAUCAUUAGUUCUACCGAUGGAUUUUGCUCAGUAAUUCUAUUCGAUGAGGGAGUAUUUGGUACAGAAUACGAAGGCAGCUUGCACAAUCCACAACCAAUUGACACCGACACUCCCUCAAUUGCCGAAGAUAAGACUCCAGAAAUAGGUUUGUCUUUCGAUAAGAUGCAUGUUCACGAUGAAACAAAGGAAGCAGAAAAUAUAGAGCCUAGUCAAGACUCCAAAACGCAACCCAAAGGAGCAACAAUAGACCAAUUCUACAAGCCCAAAGAGAAAAAAAGAAUUACCCCAACUUUACUUAGUCAGUGA